AUGUCAAGUUUUGAUAAAAGCGAAAGGCAGAUGAAAAACAGUGAUAAUAAUAUUAGUAUAAAUAUAAAGGAACAUAUUAAAAAUGGUCAUCAUAGGGCAAAGUACACAUUUACUGAUGACCCAACUGAUAUAAUUGAUCUUGAUAUCGAAAAAUAUAAUGGUAUUGAUCAUAUAAAAGCUCUAAAUGCAUACUUGGAAGAAAUGAAUUUAGGGAAAGUUGAAUUUACCGUUUUUAAAUGUAAAUCAAAAUCAAAAAUACCUGCUCAUUAUGCCAAUAUUAAGCUCGGCAAUGUUUCUCUUGCUAGUUCAUUCCCUGAAAAAUAUUCCCUACCUGAAGUGGCUGAACAGGUAGCUGCACGUAAUGCAUUGGUUGUACUGAAGAAGACUCAUAGUUAUAAAAAUAUUCCCGUCACUAAAGAUAUUUCUAUUGUUGCUGAAAGAUUGGAAAAGGAGUUAAAAAAAAAUUAUGCUGGUCUUUUCUGUGAUAAAGUGGAAAGUAUUUAUAAAGAAGUAUAUAGUGAGCAAUUGCCUUCAAAUUGGUUAGUUCUACUCGGUCAGUUAACAACAAAUAUUAUAAUUGAAGAUCUACCUAAUCAGAACAAAUCCAUUUUAUACUAUGAUGAUUCUCAUGCUGAUAAAAAAAAACAUACAGAUCUUAUGGAUACUUCUGUGACUGAAUCUUAUGAGAACUUACCUAUUAUGCAUUUUGUUGACAAAACUGAAAGGAGUGUAACUGUGUCUAGUGUAGACAGUAAUAACACAUUUUGGGUUCUUUUUGUUCAUGACAGUAUUAAUGACGAUUAUAACACUUUAUUUAAAUUGAUGAAUCUGCCAAGUGAAUCAAAACAUUUUAUUCAAAUGUAUAAAAUUGAUAUUUCUGAUGUGUAUGCAGUUCAAAUACAAGAUGAAUGGUAUAGGUUUCAAGUCAUGAAAAUUGAAGAUGAUAGUGUUACUGGCAUUUUUAUUGAUUUGGGCAUGGAGUGGAGUGUUACUAAAAGCAAUGUUAUGUUUUUGCCUCAAAAGUUUCUAAAAGUAUCUUCGCAAGUGAGUUCACAAAAUAAUAUUGCUAUAAAAUGUGCUUUAACAUCUCUGUCUUUUGCACCUUAUUUUCAAGUUGCUAAUACGCUGUUUCAUAAAAUGUUAUUUGGAAAAGAAUUUACUUUAGUACCAGAUAAUAUUGAGUGUGAUAUUCCAUUGGUUACAUUAUAUGAUGGAAAGUGUAAUAUGAAUGAUGUUAUUAGAAAAGCCAUUACAGAAAAAACCAAUUUUAAUAAAAUUCAUGAAAAAUGUGAAAGAGCUAGCUUGACUUAUGUUGCUGAUGGUUAUGUAUAUUUACAUCCACCAAAUGAGACGUUGACUAUAUUGGAAUCUAUAUUGGAUUCUAUUUCAGCAACUCAUCCUCUUGACAAACUGUAUUCCAAAAACAGCAUUUCUCCGCAUAAGUUAUAUCUAGUUAAAUGCCCAGAUCUUAAUUUGUGGAGCAGAGCAAUAAUUCACGAUUUUAUAUUUACUGAUCAAAAAUUCAAAGUAUACUUCAUUGACUAUGGUAACUAUGGUUAUAUUGAUCAAGAUAAAUUUAUCGAUUUGCAGUCAUUUGAUUUAUUUUUGUCUUCAAUCGGCCCUCAGGCUUUAAAAGUGUCGUUUCAUUUAUUCCCACCGGAGAAUCUUAUAGAUCAAUCUCGAUCCAGAGCAUUGUAUGAAAUGAUCACUGAAAAAUCUUUGGAUGUAUUUGUUGUUUCGACUCAUAGUGAUGGUAUUCAAGUAGUUGAAAUAUUUGAUGCUGAUGAUAAAAAUCCUAAUCGAUUGUCCUUUAAUACCCAAUUAUAUCAAAGGUAA